UGGAUAUUUUCUGCUAUGACGUUCGUGCCAAACGUGAACCUCACCCAGCCCUCUGACAUGUCGGAGCGUGACGGAUGUGGAGACGGGCUGUACGGCGACGAGGCGCCGGACUUCAUCCCACCGAGAGUGUCCCGCGGCCGGCGGAGCGGUGUCAUCCUGCCGGGAGGUGGAGGAGGAGGAGGCGGCCAGGACUCGGACACCAUCCUGCUGGAGUCCGUGAAGGCAGCACCGCGCCGCAGCAGCAUCAUUAAGGACCCGUCGGUGCAGAAGGUGGGCGGAGGCAGGAAGAAGACGGUGUCCUUCAGCAGCAUGCCCUCUGAGAAGAAGGUGAGCAGUGCAGCGGACUGCUUGGCUUUCAUGCAAGGUGGGUGUGAGCUGAAGAAGAUCCGACCCAAUUCCAGGGUCUACUGUCGCUUCUACACCUUGGACACAGACCUGAGCUGCCUGCGCUGGGAGCCGUCCAAAAAGGACUCUGAGCGGGCCAGACUGGACGUGUCCAGCAUCAAGGAGGUCCGCACUGGGAAAAGCACAGAGACGUUUCUUCACAACGGUCCUCUGUCUGAACAUCUGGCCGAGGAAGCCGCAUUCUCCAUUAUUCAUGGUGACGAGUACCAGUCUCUAGAUUUGGUGGCGUUGUCAGCUGACGUGGCCAACAUCUGGGUGACGGGCUUGCGGUACCUUCUCGCCCACCCUUCGAUCAUCGGCGGGGCUGGGGGUGGGUGUGGGGUAGUGGGAGGAGGGCUGGGCGAUGGAGGCGUGGCGGUAGAAGGCAGCCUGGGAAGCAAGAUGAGGAGCGAGUGGCUGGCAGCAGAGUUCGCGCUGGUUGACGAGGACGGCUAUGGGAUCGUAUCAGAGGAUGUGGCUGUCACCACAGUCUGCAAGCUGUGCCCUGGCAUCAAGGAGGCAAAGCUGCUGGACCCCGAACACCUGGGGGUCUGCCAGGACAUGAACCUGCCCCUGGCCCACUACUACAUCAGUACUUCGUACCGCUCCUACCUGCUGGACGACCAGGUCCACGGCAGAGCCGACCUCGGCGGCCUCAUCAAGGCCCUGCAGUCCGGCUGCCGGUGCCUGGAGCUGGGAGUGACUGAUGGCCCCGAGGGCGAGCCUCUGCUCGGGGUCGACUAUGGGCCUGACAUCUCUCGCCACCAYCACCACCACCACCACCACCCCUCACCCGUUACCAUCCGCUCUGCACUGGAGGUGGUCAAUAAAUAYGCCUUCCUGACUUCYCAGUACCCUUUGCUGCUGUACCUGUGUCACCGGUGCUCCCCGGGUCAGCAGCGCACCAUGGCCCACCACCUAAAGAAGGUGUUCGGGUCCCGGCUUUACACCCCGGAUGCCCAGCAUGUGAGUCUGGGGGGGCGGGCCACCACUCUGCCGUCCCCCGAGCAGCUGAAGGGGAGGAUCCUCCUGGUGGGGAAGAAGCUCCCUCCAGAGGAGGAGGGCUCUGAUGGGGAGGUGUCUGARGAGGACGAGGAGAUYGGAGGAGGCGGGCCCCUGGCAGGAAGAAGGAUGACCAUCCCUGGGGAGGAAGAACUGGGCGUGGUCUUGGUGGUCCCGCCUCCUUCCCAGCCCAGGAAGCUCAGCCUCCACAGGGAGCUGUCGGACCUGGUGGCUAUUGCCCGGACCAGCAGCCGCAGCUUCUACGCCCAGAGGGGAAGCUACAAGCAGACCCAGCAGCAGUCGCCCCCCAGCAGCCCCUCAUCCCCCGGCUCGCCCGUCCCCCCGGAGCUGCCUUACUGGACGAUGUGCUCCCUGGGCGAGGGAGAGGCCGGGCGGCUAACCAGUGAGAGCCCGGAGGACCUGGUGGUGUUCACCAAGCGUACCCUGACCAGGGUACGGCCCAGCUCAGUUCGUCUGGACUCCAGCAACCCCAACCCGCAGGGAUACUGGAAGGGAGGGGUCCAGCUCGUGGCCUUGAACCAGCAGACUCCGGGCGCCAUGCUGGACCUUCAUCGGGGCCGCUUCACUCAAAACGGGGGGAGCGGCUACGUUCUCCGACAUAAUGUCAACAUGCCUGAGCUGGCCUUGCUGCGCUUUGUGGUGCUGGACGACGACUACAUCGGAGACGAUUUCAUCGGCCAAUACAGCGUGGCCUUCGAGUGCCUUCAGCCGGGCUACCGUAAUGUGCCCCUGCUGGGCCUGGCGGGAGACCCCUUACCACACACCAGCCUUUUUGUUCACGUGGCCAUCACCAACCGGCGAGGCGGAGGGAAGGCCCAGCGGCGCGGCCUGUCGGUGCGCAGGGUGGGCCGGCGAGGGAGGGAGUACGUCUCUCUGCGACACACCGGCAUCAAAGCUCUAGACGAGGUCUUCAAACAAGCCGGCGGACCCCUCAAGGAGGCCACGGACCUGCGGGAGGACGCUCAGUGCUCCACCGCCGGUUUCAAGGACCAGUGUGGGCUCCCCACUGUGGCCAAACUGAAGCAGUGCAUCCAGAGCCUGGSUACGAGGCUCCAGAGCCCCGAGGGGGCYAUGGGGGCCGCCAUGGUGCUGAGGGAGGGCUACCCCUGUCUGGAGCCUCAGGUCAGCCUGUCUGAGGCGACUCGGAAGCUUCUCUCUGCCUACGACACGAUGAUCUCCGCCCAGAAGCAGCUGAUUGAGAACGCAGACGGUGUUCAGGAGAGGAUCGACCAGGUGCACAGGGAAGGAAUGGUCCUCCAUGAGGACCUGACCCGGCUCUGUGAGAAGGAGGGGCUGAAGGGACGGAAGCUGAACAAGGCGGUGGAGAGUUUCACCUGGAACAUCACCGUGCUCAAGGUACCAGCACUCAAACUGGGAGGAGUGGAGGGCUUGGUGCACCAGCUCAGUACAYGAUCAAYACACAAUGAGUUYCUGUGUGCUUCAUUACUCAUACACUGUAAAACAUGAUUAGUUCACCUUAACUUGUUGCCUCAACAUUUCUUCUUUAAUCUUAAUGUUUUCAGUAAAGUAGCUGAUUGAGUGACGUUGACCUGUGCAAUUCCAGUGAGCAUAACUUAAAUCAGCUUAAUAAAUCUACGCAUGUUGCAAUUACUGUGAAAA